UUGAGGAGAAGCCCACUCCUCCGUUCAUGUCUUUUGAAAAGCUACCAUGACAGGAUUAUGAGACUGACCUUUGGGGACCAGGGCAGACAUCAGAUUAAUGUGUGCUUCUCAGGUUGAAGGUCAUCUGCAUAUAAAUUAUUGAGGACAAGUGAGAGGAUUGAAGAGGUAGUGUGAAGGAUAUACAGUUGUGAGGAAGAAUGACAAGUCGUCGUAUCACGCCGCCAUGUGAUAGGCGGCAGUUUCCAUGGGGCAUGAGUAACAUGGCCUUGCCUACCAAUGAACCACGACCAAUGCGACUGUCAUUUCUUGAAGCUGAUCUGCGGCUUCAAUCGAUGUGCGGAGGUUCGAUGCAGCAGCCUGUUCGACGCAGCGGCCCUCGGUCCAGGUUGUUGCCGGCCCCUCCGCAGGCUCCGCUCCCGCUGCCUUUGCCGCCGCAGUCGCCCGCCGACGUCGUCGGGCCCCCGGCGGCCAUUUUGAGCGCAGACCGACCCAGGCCGAAAGACGGGCUGACUUCUGGAAGACAGCCCUUACUCACAAUGUAUAGACCAAAAGUGAGCCUGAAAGACAGGCAACAACUUUACAGACUCAUUAUUAGUCAGUUGCUUUAUGAUGGAUAUAUCAACAUUGCUAACGGUCUGAUAAAUGAGGUAAAACCACAAUCUGUAUGUGCACCCUCCGAACAACUAUUGCAUCUUAUUAAAGUGGGAAUGGAAAAUGAUGAUAGUGCAGUUCAGUAUGCAAUUGGGCGCUCUGAUACAGUAGCUCCUGGCACAGGGAUUGACUUGGAAUUUGAUGCAGAUGUGCAGACCAUGUCCCCAGAAGCUUCUGAAUAUGAGACCUGUUAUGUCACAUCUCACAAAGGACCAUGUCGUGUAGCUACAUACAGCAGAGAUGGACAGUUAAUAGCUACAGGAUCAGCUGAUGCUUCAAUCAAAAUACUCGAUACAGAGAGAAUGUUAGCAAAGAGUGCUAUGCCAAUUGAGGUCAUGAUGAAUGAAACAGCUCAGCAGAACAUGGAGAACCACCCUGUUAUUAGAACUCUCUAUGAUCAUGUGGAUGAGGUGACAUGUUUAGCUUUCCAUCCAACAGAACAAAUCCUUGCCUCUGGUUCAAGGGAUUACACACUUAAAUUGUUUGACUACUCAAAACCAUCUGCCAAAAGAGCCUUCAAAUAUAUCCAGGAAGCAGAAAUGCUGCGUUCUAUCUCUUUCCAUCCUUCUGGAGACUUCAUUCUUGUCGGUACCCAGCAUCCUACCCUGCGACUAUAUGAUGUCAAUACUUUCCAGUGCUUUGUAUCUUGCAAUCCUCAAGAUCAGCACACUGAUGCCAUAUGCUCAGUUAAUUACAAUGCAAGUGCUAACAUGUAUGUAACGGGCAGCAAAGACGGAUGCAUCAAAUUGUGGGAUGGCGUUUCAAAUCGUUGUAUCACUACUUUUGAAAAAGCACACGAUGGGGCUGAAGUCUGUUCUGCCAUUUUCUCCAAGAAUUCAAAGUAUAUUCUGUCUAGUGGAAAAGACUCUGUAGCUAAACUGUGGGAGAUCUCUACAGGGAGAACACUAGUAAAAUAUACAGGAGCUGGUUUGAGUGGACGCCAAGUUCAUAGGACACAGGCUGUCUUCAACCACACAGAAGACUAUGUGCUGCUUCCUGAUGAAAGGACCAUUAGCCUCUGUUGCUGGGAUUCACGAACAGCUGAACGAAGGAAUCUUCUUUCCUUGGGGCAUAACAGUAUAGUUCGUUGCAUUGUUCACUCUCCUACCAACCCUGGCUUCAUGACUUGCAGUGAUGACUAUAGAGCUCGAUUUUGGUACCGAAGGUCAACCACGGACUGAAGCUGCAACUGUGAAAAUGUUGUCUGAAUUUUAUUCCUUUUUUCUUUUUAAAAAUUUUGCUUUUACCAUUGCUGAAUUUAAGUAUUUGUACUGAGUUCUCUGCUCCAGAAAUAACAUCAAUCCCUACUGAAAGGACAGUUUUUUAAGUUGGGUCCAUAGUUGAAAACAGCCAAGACAGCUGAAAAUAUUUUUCCUCACCCGAUUGUACAAGUUUUACAGGACAGGUUGCCCAUGUUCAGUAGCAAAACUUGGGCCUCCUGUUUUUUAAACCCCUUAACUCUUUGCUCUGUUUCAUUUUAUGCACAUGUAUUGCUGCUUGUUGUGUGUGCUUUUUUCCAGUUCACUGAUGGUCUUUUUUUCUUAUUUGUAGAUGAUGUAGAUACUUAAAAGUUCUCUUAUUAAACUCAUUCUUAGAAAGGUG